AUGGCUGUGUUCAAUCUCUUCAAGAUGCUCGCUCUCCUCCUCAUCAGCUUGGUCGCAAUCACCUCCGCUUCACCCAUCGCUGCUUCCACCGAAGUAUCAACUGCUGGUCUCAACUGUCCGGCUUGCGUAACCUCGAUUGGCAAAGUUUGCAAGGACAGGAAGCUCAGCGAGUACAAAUGCGACACACUGUGGUGCCUCAGUCUGAUGUGCCGACAGUGCAAUCCACACUGUCCACCGAUCGGGGAUGCUGUCGCUGGACCCGUCGAUGUCCCUACUGAUGUCUCGGACACUGUCUCCACCAACACCUUGAUCUCUGCCAUUGACGCGGCCGUUGCCGACAUCUCUUCUACCUCUGUGGCUCCAGCGGCUAAGCGCGACGACUCACUCGCCAUUCCCGGUGAUGAUGUCUUUGCUGACGCUAAUUGCUACCGAUGUAUAUACAUCAACCUGUUCUGCAAGCAAAACAACCUCACUGAAGAAGAAUGUCUACCCAUACGGUGCAAUGAUCCCGACUGCAACGUCUGCAGCCGUAGUUGCCACAAGACUCAGCAGGUCGAUGCAUCAGACCCCGCCACCAUGGAUGGUGUCGUUGCCGACAUCUCUGCUACUUCUGUGGCUCCAGCGACUAAGCGCGAAGAAGCUGCACAGAAAUGCGUCUGGAUCUGCUUCCAUGUGACGUGCACGCGCCAGUGUACCGACGUCGCUGGAGUAGCUGCCUAUGCAGCCAGCGGCGCGAUUGUCAUCGACGAGACCGAGCUCCAUGCCGACACGUCUGUCUCUGUCACUGCAAACCAUACACAGCUGGAGAACAACGAGCAUGUUGAGAAUGCUUUCCUCUACCAUUGCGACUUGACCUCUGGCAGUUGCUGGGCUGAGACCGUUGUUGAGCCAGUAGCUGGGACCGAAACCGCCAUCGAGAACAUUCCAGACAUUCCACACAAGGUCUGCCGCGAGAUUUGCAACACGGACAAGUCGCUCUGCGGACUGGUCUGUGAUGAAGAAGCGAAGAAGGAGACUGUGGUCAACGACCCCGUUUCAAAGGCUAAGAUCAAGUGCCACUGGGAGUGCUAUUUCGGUCAGUGCUGGGCGGUCUGCAUGCCCGACAUGGGCGGCGCCGCCAGCGACUCCAGCGACGUAUCAUCCGCCAACGUAGCAACAAACUUCAAGCCAUGUCGCUGGGAGUGCUACUUUGGUCAGUGCUGGACUUGCUGCCCUCCUCCUUGA